GCAGCAGAUGCCAUGGCAAGCAGCAGACCUGCAGGGAGAGGGCCACAAAGGGCUGGCCCUUCAAUACAGAACAAUUCCCAGGUUCCAGGGCAGCAGAGAUCUGGCGCAGCUGCCAGUUCUGAGGCAGCCACUGCAUCAGUGUCAGAUCUGUCAGGGGUGUGGAUCAAAGACACUGAUGCGUCUGACCUGGCCUCCUACGAGCGCGCACUGGAUAUGAUGGGACUCAAUGGGCUGCAGAAAACAACAGCGCUGAGGCUCAUAGAAGGGCUGGAAAUACAGACGCAGGGCAGCACUGUCACGGUGCAGUUCUUGACAGUCGUACCCUUUUUCAAGGUUACAGAAGAAUUCAGCACAAUGAAGGAGACCACGAUGUCUAGGCGGGACUUGAGGUCAGGGCAGCAGAUUGCAAAGGCUGCUUUCACUCCUGAGGGUCUGAAGAUCAACAUAAAGUGGAGUGCCCCCUAUGCAUGCACUGUGGAUGACCUGUAUCAGCUGCAGUCCCCCACCACACUGCAUGUGGUGUCAAAGGUUUCAAUUGGAGGAAGGACAGAGACAACCCUGCAGGUGUACCACAGACGGGAACAAUGGCAGCCUCGGUUCACGUUUGGCUCAGGAUUGUUUGGAAGAUGAUGAUUAUGCAAUGUAGUUGUCCAUAGUUCUAUGAAGAACAGACAUCACGAGUGAUCAAUGUUGCAAUGUGACCAAUUGGCAGGCUCGUCCACUCUCAGCUCCAGGAAGUGUAUUGGUAGUAGGGAGCGGAACCUCAAACCUGGAUUUGAGUGCCAAAGAUGAAUUGAAUACGUCCAUAAAUGAAAUCACGUUCGAAUGUGC